CCAGCCACUACGCGGGGCUAAGCUGACCUCGGGAUCCCUGCAUGGGCGCGUGAACCAUCGUCAGACGGCGGUAGCUGCAACCUACGAACAGGCCCAGGCUAUCUUUUUCAUUCACUUGCACCGGCGUAGACACGCAUCGCUAUCGGCAUCGCUAUCGCCCGGGCCUGCGAUUACCUUUGCGCACCCGCUUGUAGGGCUUGGACCCCCGCGAACGGCGGCCUACAGCUUCACCGAGCUAUCACGCGGAUAGUCCCCAGCCCUCGCAUCACUCGGAACCGCGCAGCCAAGGGCAGACUCCAGCGAUGAAUUUCGUAACCUUCAACCAGGACCAUAGCCAUCUAGGCGUCGGCACGCCCAAUGGCUACCGCAUAUAUACCACAGACCCGUUUACCAAGCAGUCCGAGUCGCGCGAGGGAGAUGUCUCUAGCCUGGAGAUGCUCUUCUCCACGUCGCUGGUAGCGCUCACGCUGUCACCACGCGUGCUGCGCAUACAAAACACCAAGAGGCACUCGACCAUAUGUGAGAUGACAUUCCGGACAGCCAUCCUCGCCAUUCGCAUGAACAGGAAACGCAUCGUUGUCGUGCUCGAGUCGGAACUGUAUAUCUAUGAUAUAAGCAACCUGCAGAUGCUCAAGACGGAGAAGACAUCGCCUAACCCUAAUGCGAUAUGCGCUCUCUCAGCAUCGUCCGAGAACAACUACCUCGUGUAUCCGCUGCCCACCAAAGCCGCACCCGCUACCUUCCAGCCGCCUUCGCACGCACCGCCCAAAGCCGAUCACAUCGCACCCACAAGCGGAGAAGUCCUCAUAUAUGAUGCUACAAAGAAGGAGGCAGUCAACGUGAUUGAGGCGCACAACUCUCCGCUAUCCUGCAUAGCGCUAAACAGCGAUGGCACCCUACUGGCAACGGCAUCAGAAAAGGGCACCAUCAUCCGCGUCUUCUCCAUACCCGAUGCGCAGAAGCUGUACCAGUUCAGGAGAGGCUCCAUCCCGGCGAGGAUCUACAGCAUGUCUUUCAACUCGACAUCGACCUUGCUUAGUGUGUCAUCGGCGAGUGAUACUGUCCACAUCUUCCGCCUAGGAGCGCCCAACAGCAGGAGUAAUAGCGUAUCUUCCGGGCCCAGCAAGCCCAUGGGCGCAUCUCAUGCACGUAGCAGUAGCCGAACGAGCCAAGAGACAGCGGAUGAAUUCGGUGCCAGCACAGCAGACGUAUCAUCUCCGGAGCGGAAAGCCAUCAAUCCCACUUUCGGGAGCUUGAUUCGACGCACAUCGCAGACCGUUGGGAAGUCUUUCGCUGCUACCGUCGGCGGAUAUUUACCCAGCGCUGUAGCAGAGAUCUGGGAGCCCUCACGCGACUUUGCGUGGGUCAAAAUACCACGCUCUCCGACAAGCUCUUCCUCGGGGCCUGUUAGGAACGUGGUAGCGCUCAACAACAACGGUCCUCAGAUCAUGGUAGUCACCAGUGAAGGUAACUACUAUGUAUUCAACAUCGACUUGGAGAAAGGAGGCGAGGGAACACUGUAUAAACAGUACUCGUACGUUGUCCGUUCGCUUCUUGCCGUUUGAUGCCUGCUAACGCUGACUGCAGCCUUCUUGAACCAAAUGAACUCG